GGCAGGAAAAGUCGCCGUACGCUUUGCAAUCUCAGCAUUUCUGUGUUGGUUGUGGCCGUGAACGGGGCUCAAGUCCAAGGGCAACCGUGAAAGAUUUCUUUCUAUUUAUACAAGUAGUGCAUUAUACAAUACACCUUUGCGGUUAUUUUUAUUUUUUUAUUUUUUAUUAUUUUUUCGUUUGGUACUUAUUUGUAUUCGUUUUUUAUAAUAUCAACGUGGUGCGAUUAUUUUCUAUUAAAAUCAUUCAUCGAUAUCGUCACAUUCAAAGUGGGACCAACACUUGUACGGUUGAUUUUACGGUACUGAUUCAUUGACGUUCAGCGAUACUUCAGCAUCAUCCAAUCGAUCCCCGCACAAGAAAAAAAAAAAAGAAGCAAAAUAGAUAAAUCGAUCAUCAAAGAAAAAUAGAAGGAAAAUUGUGGAAAACAUAUUGGCUUGAUAAUUCGAUUAAACAAGUGAAAGAAUCAUGAGUUAUUCACGUUGUCGUAUUUUGACGAUAGUCUUGCUUGUUCAUGCAUGGAGUGAUCUAGUUGUCCUUGGGGCUGACAUGUCUCAAAUGGGUAAUGUUAGUGGUAUUGGUGGUGUUGGUGGCAGUGGUGGCGGUGGUGGUGGUGUGCAGACGACACCAGUGGUUUUGUUGCCCUCAGGGGCUUCCGGUCCCGAUUAUACUGGACCUUCUGCAAGUUCUGACGAUUGCAAUCCCGAGAUGGUUGGAUUUGAGCUCGUCACUGGAUACGUCUUCACAGCACCCACCUUUAUGCUUGAAUCUAUACCAGGCACACUAAUGCUCACUGAUUGCCUCGAGACCUGUCAGGCUAAUGACUCUUGUCAAGCAGUUAAUUAUGAGACUGGACUUUGCGUAUUAUUCAGCUCAAAUGCCGACAGUAAUCCAGGUGCAUUGACUCAAUCACAAUUUCCAGUAUUUACAAUAUAUGCCCAAAAAAGUUGUCUUGCUGUAAAGCCAUGUGAACGAGCCUGGUGCAUCGACAGAGUACAAGGACAUCGACUUCAGGGUCACACUAAAAGAAGUUUAAAUGUGUCGUCACGUCAACACUGUCUUGAGCUCUGUCUUGGUGAACGAGACUUUUUAUGCAGAUCAGCAAAUUAUGCAAAUGCAACAAAGGAAUGUGAACUUUCAGACAUGGAUCGUUUAACUGUUGCUGGAUCAAGUGCAUUUCAAACAUCAAAAGGAUUUGACUAUUUGGAAAAUCAUUGUGUUGAAGAGCCAGUUAAAUUGUGUGAAUUUAAAAAAUUGACUGGACGUAUAUUAAAAACUGUUGAUUCAGUUUAUCAGGAAAUAGCAACAUCUGAAGAAUGCCGUGAAUUAUGUUUAAAUUCACCAUUCCGUUGUCAUUCAUAUGAUUAUGGUGAUACUGGCGAUAUGGUCUGCAGACUUAGUCAUCAUGCAAGAGCAACACUCUCCAACAUUCAGGAACCAUAUUUAGAAGUAGCUGAUGCUGCAACAUACGAACUUAGUUCAUGCUACAAUGUAACAAUUGAUUGUCGUGCUGGUGAUAUGGUUGCAAAAAUUCAAACAAGUAAAUUAUUUAAUGGUAAAGUAUAUGCAAAAGGUUCACCAAAUUCAUGUGUUAAAGAUAUUAAAGGUGCACUUGAAUUUGAACUUAAAAUGGCAUAUGAUGAUCUUGAAUGUAAUGUUAAACAACAAGGUCUUGGACGUUAUUUAAAUGAUGUUGUUAUACAACAUCAUGAUACAAUUGUAACAAGCUCAGAUCUUGGUCUUGCUGUAACAUGUCAAUAUGAUUUAACAAAUAAAACAGUAUCAAAUGAAGUUGAUCUUGGUGUACAGGGUGAUAUAACACCAGCAUUAUCUGAAGAAGUUAUUGUUGAUUCACCAAAUGUUGCUAUGAAAAUAACUGAUCGUAAUGGUAAUGAUGGUGUACCAACAGCUGAAGUUGGUGAUCCACUUGCACUUAAAUUUGAAAUAUUAGAUCACAAUAGUCCAUAUGAAAUAUUUGUACGUGAAUUAGUGGCAAUGGAUGGUGUUGAUUCAAGUGAAAUUGUACUUAUUGAUUCACGUGGUUGUCCAACUGAUCAUAUUAUCAUGGGACCACUUUAUAAAUCUGGCAAUACUGGCAAAAUUUUAUUGUCUCAUUUUGAUGCAUUUAAAUUUCCAAGUUCUGAAGUUGUACAAUUUCGUGCUUUGGUAACACCAUGUAUGCCAAGUUGUGAACCAGUACAAUGUGAUCAAGAAGAAUCAACUGGUGAAUUAAGAUCAGUCAUUAGUUUUGGUAAACGUCGUAGACGUCGUUCAACAACAACACAAUCAGCACGUGACGAUCUUUUACUUGUACAAUCAAUACAAAUAACUGACAAAUUUGGCUUUCAACGAAGUGAUAAAUUAUAUGACAAUUCAAGUAAUCAUGAAUCAAUGUCACGUGAUAAUAUUUAUGGUGUUGAUGCUGAAGACAUUGUCAAUUUAAAUGCUCGUUAUGGUGGAGUUUGUGUUAAUAUUACUGAAGCUAUAAUUGCUGCUACAUUGUUCAUUGUUGCACAAAUUAUUGUUAUUGCUGCAUGGACAUUUACAUGGCAACGACGCAAACAAAUAUUGAAACAUCAAGAGGCACUUUCUGUGUCAGUAUCACUGCCCGCUGCAAUGCACGCUGGUAUGCAAAAUCGUGCUGACAGUCUUUGUAAACUUUACGAUACCGGUUACUCGCGGCGAUUUUAAACAAAUACGUUAAAAAAAAAAAAAACAAAAAGGCUCAUUUGCGAUUAUGCGUGCAUUUCACAUUUUUUUUUUUCUACUUUGUAAAUUGCCUUUUUAUUUUUUUUUUAUCUUUUGAAUUGGCUCAAUGAUUAUCGUGAUUGAUGAGAGGAAGGACGUGGCUUGGCUGUUGCCUAUAUUCUCAGGCAAUUGCCGAAAUUAUUCAAAUAGUGAACUUGCAUAUGUAUAGGACCCGUAUGCACGCUCACUAUCGACAGAAUGAAAUAAAAAAAAAAAUUAAAAAGACAAAAAAAAAAAGAAUGAAAGAAAAGAAUAAAGCGAACACAAUAGUGAAACCUCCAACGACUUUUCUAUCGUUCUUUUUUUUUAUUUUUUGUUUUUUUUUUUUUUUUUCUUUCUAUACAGUGAGGUGGAAAAUUCAGGUCGAACAGGAUCAUCACCGAAAGAAAAAAAAAAAAUGUAACUUAGCUUCCAACGAACCGACCAACCUGUUUUUACACUAGCUUCCACUUAGUUAUUAAUUUGUUUUUUUUUUUAUUUUUUUUUUUUUUAAAUAGAAAUUGUGUACGCGUUGUAAUGCGAUCACGAUGACUUUUUCAUUGUAUUGUCAGGGCUCCACUGUCGAUACCGCGCUGCGAUACCGUAACUAAUAUGAUCAAAAGAAGUCAUGAGACUCACGUUAGAAAAUUUAAUUAAUUAAUUAAUUUUUACUUUUUAUGUAUUUUUUUUUUUUUCUUUUCCUUUUUAAUGUCUAUCGUUAGUCUCUGAUUUCAAUGCUCUCUAAUAAGACAUUUUUUUUUUUUUUUUGUUUAUAAUUUUUUUAUUUUUUAACACUUACUCUGAGAAUAAAAGAAAAAAACGAGCAGAUUACGUAAAUAUUAUAGUUAAUGAUAAAAUAAUUGCAGCUUGGAGUAGAGUUGAAAAUGAGAAAAGCAAGAAAAAAAAAAAAAUAAAAAACAAUAUAUUAAAAAUAAAAUAAUAAAAAAAAAAAAAAAUAGAAAUAAGAAAAAGCUAUGAGAAAGACAAAAAAAAAAAAAAAACAUAAAAUGCCAGUUUGAUAAUUAAAAAGUUGAAUUGCCUGAGAGAUGUGUAGGCCCUCGAUAGCUUUUUUCAUCAACGAGUGCAAGGUGUUCAUUUUAUUCGUCUUUAAUUAACGUCAUCGUUAAGGGUUUCAAUGAAAAAAAAAAUAAAAAAAUAAAAAAAGCUUUUGAACAAGAAAAAAUAUGCUAAAAUAGUGAUGAAUAUAUAUGAUGAAAGAGUAAAUACAUAACACAAAAAUAAAACUCGAAAAAAAAUAAAUAAAAAUAUUAUUCAGACAAGGAUGAGACGAGUAAAAACGAUGAAAAUAAUAAAAAUAGAAAAAAAAUGAAGAAAUGAAAAAAAUAUAGCUCAAGAGUAUAUCUAUUAUACAUUUAUAUAUAAUAAGUCUCAAUGUGAACUGGGAAAUCGUGCUUCCAAGAAGAUUCACGCGCGAUCGCGCGAUAAACGUUUCCAUACUUUUCCCACUUUUACUAUCUUUUCAAGAAACGGCCCAUUACCCGCACUCUAGUAGAAGAAUAGCACGUCGAAUACGGGGCUUAAAGCAAAAAUAAAAAAAAAAUAUAAAUAAUAAAAGAAAGAAAAAAAAUGAGAUAAAUCAAAAAAAAAUAAAAAAUAAAAAAUAAACAAGCAAUAACUUGUAAAGUCUAUAUAUCCAACUGGUAAAUCUACAAAUUAUACAUUUAAAUGAAUAUAGAGUUUUUAAAGUUUCAAAUGAGUACAGUGUAGCGUAUGAUUCCUUGCAAUGAUCGACAAGUUAAACACCGCUCGUUCCACGUUAGCAUCAAUUUAAUUGAGAAACUUGAAGAUUAGAAUACACUACUGAAGACAAACAAACCAAUGGUUUCAGAGAAAGAUAGAAAAUAGAUUGAUAAAAGAGAAAAAGUAAGCGAGAGCAAGAGAGAUAGCUUAAAAGACGAGGAAAUUAUACAAUUACCCGAGUUCUCGCGUUUAUAGUUUGUCUUCAUGUUCGUGUAUAUUGACCUCAUCCACAAUGUGCAAACCAAGUGGUUCAAAGAGAGGGUAAAAUAGAUAAGAGCAACGUCAGUAUAGUGAAAUGCUUGUUCGGACAGUUCAAGGGUUUUACUUUUGCGCAUGUUCAUGAUGCAAUCGAUCGAGUCAGUGUGCAUAAUGUGAAUUUUUUACAUUUUAUUCUAUUUUAUUUUUUUUUUGCUUUUCUUUCCUUUUUAUUUUUUUUUCCAUUCAACUCUUUUCCAAUCAACUUAAGUAACGUAAGGAUAAAUUUAAUGUGCGUGUGUAUAUAGACACACAUGCAGACAUACAAAUACAAACACAAAAGUCUGCUUCGUGGUGCUAGGGUUUGAGAUUUUUUCUUAUAUUUUUUUUUUUGUUUUAUUUCGAUGAGAUAUAGAUAAAAACGCAAUUACUUUUCAAUUGAUAAGAAGAUGAGAAAACAAAAAAAAAAUAAUGAAAGAUAGUGACAGUGGAAUCCUGUCAAUUAUCAUACACACACAAACCUAGCUGAG